ACUUCAAUGGCCGUAUGCUGUUUUUUAUGCCGUGCAACCGCUGCGUUUACUUGCACGAUGACCAUCGACGGAGUGGUAAUUCAUCAUUUAGGUUACCAACUUUGCGCUCGCUUUAGCCUUCGUUCUGCCGAAUUGCACUCCGUGCUCGCGCUAGCCUUUGGUUCCUUUCUAACGAACAUUUAACGUACCAACCCGGACGAGGCUCCGUGAGCACUUGCUGCGUUCACAACCAAAAACUCUCUUCGUCUUCAACCUGUGGGUUUUUUUGGGAAGUAUUCUAUCUUCUUGUGCAUUGCACUCGAAUUUGCAUCAGCGCGGCUCGAUUUCUUUUUUCUUUUUUUUUAAAUUUUUUCUUUCAUCGAAAUUACGGCUCGGCAGCUUGGACUUACCCAACGUCGCCACAGCGCAUCACAGAUCGCUCAUGACCGCCGGAUAUAUAUUUGGACUCAGUUGCAAUAUCAGCAGCCCGCAGCUAGCGCUUGCUUUCGCUUAAGUGCGGAAUUUUGCUUUUGGAGUACAAAAUAAGCAUCAUUCACCUUGUACUCACUUCGCUUGUUCGAGCUUCAACGUAUAGACGGAGAAUUUGAUGUUGUUCCAAGCCUUGAGCCGUUCCUAGUCAUCAUCCUUCAGCAUUUGCGCGAACGGUACGCUAUUUUGAGCGCAGCCCAUCCUCGCGACAUACAAAGCACUUUUAAAAGCAAAAAUUUUGUAGUUGGCGGCUCCAAAGCACUCAUCAAUUGACUAGGAGCGAAGGCCGAUCUUGAAAAUGCCUGGGACGUACUCCCUGCCACAUAUCUAUACUGCAGGAGACGAUGCAUUGCGAGCUGUACGCGUGCUCGAUUCGUCCAAUCACAUCGUGCUGUUCACGCCGACGUCUCCUCGAACGCACGAAUAUUACUAUCAGCCACUCGCGGAAGCCAUCUCAAGGACGCACGGCAAAAAUGUAUUCGCCAUGGAUUACACCCCGCCGACCAACAAGAACCGGUAUCUGCCAUUUGACCACCGCCACGAGGCGGCCCUGAUGGACAAUUCUUGCGCCGCCGUCAUCGUCGUAAUCCGAGACGACUCCACCAAAACCCGUGGCUGCCAGAUGGAUUUUGCUAGGAAAGUAUGGGACGUUGCGUGCGCUGAACAGGACAUUCCAGGGAUUUUGGUAGAGAUUGGUGGCAGCCGUCGCCUAGUCGGUGGCUGGAAGACGAUACUAUAUUCGAAUAUCAUGAGUGAGGCCAGCAUGCAAGAGCUGGCCCAGUUGAUCUUCGGAUGCUGAUCAGCUCGCGACAUCCGUUGCAACUCUGGCUUUUCAUGAACACGAUUGUAUGACAAUGCAGCGUGCCGGCUCUUUCGACGUUUGAAGAUGAGUCCGGCUCAGUUCUCAUGUGAUUUGAAGCAGCCAGGGUAGGGUCGGUCUCAUCAUAAAGAUAUUUGACACGAUAUCAGAACGAGACUCGCUCUGAGUUGGCCAUAGUCCUCGGUGCCUCGCUGACCGCAGGCUCCUGUCGUCAAAGUAUGCUUGGAUUAAGCAUUUAUUCGACCUUUCGUCCAUGUUAUGUCUACUGCAGUUGAACAAUAGUGAGAAUCUCCUGGGCGAGAGCAGCUGAGGCAUCCCGACAGGGUUUCGAUGGGAUAAUGGAAGAGCUGCACAUAGCGGCGUGAAGAAAUGAGCAUGUAUGGCACAUGACUUUUACGACUCUACAUACGAAUGGAGAAUGCAUGAAUACAG